CGGCCGCGAGCGGUGCGAGUGUGGAGCGCGCACCCCGGGCGAGGCUGACAGAUCGCCCGGGUGGGUGCAAGAUGGCGCAAGCGGCGCUCCCCCUGCGCCCCCUGCGCUCCUGAGCAGGCAUGCGGCCCCAGUCCCCCACCGCCUGGGCUCGGCCCCGGCCGGAGCCCCAGCCCCGGCCCCGGCGCCGGCCCCGCGGGACGCUGUGAGCCGCGAGAGGCCCGGGAGCCGCGCGUCGCCGAGCCGAGCUGACCGAGAGCCCCAUGGCUGUGCAGCGCGCCGCGUCUCCGCGCCGCCCGCUCGCCCCGUGCUGGCCCCGGCUCCUGCUGCCGCUGCUGUUGCUGUUGCUGCCCGCGCCGAGCGAGGGUCUUGGCCACUCUGCCGAGCUGGCAUUUGCUGUGGAGCCAAGUGAUGAUGUUGCCGUCCCCGGGCAGCCUAUAGUGCUGGACUGCAGGGUGGAGGGGACCCCUCCAGUGCGAAUCACCUGGAGGAAGAAUGGGGUAGAGCUGCCAGAGAGUCCCCACUCCACCUUGCUGGCCAAUGGGUCCUUGACGAUCCGUCACUUCAGGCUGGAGCGGGGAGGCAGCCCUUCGGAUGAAGGUGACUAUGAGUGUGUGGCCCAGAACCGCUUUGGGCUGGUGGUCAGCCGGAAGGCUCGCAUCCAAGCUGCAACCAUGUCGGACUUCCACGUGCAUCCCCAGGCCACCGUGGGUGAGGAGGGUGGUGUGGCCCGCUUCCAGUGCCAAAUCCAUGGGCUUCCCAAACCCCUGAUCACUUGGGAGAAGAACAGAGUCCCAAUUGACACGGACAAUGAGAGGUACACAUUGCUGCCCAAGGGGGUCCUGCAGAUCACAGGACUUCGAGCUGAGGACAGUGGCAUCUUCCACUGUGUGGCCUCAAACAUCGCCAGUAUCCGGAUCAGCCACGGGGCCAGGCUCACUGUGUCAGGCUCAGGCUCUGGGGCCUACAAGGAGCCAGCCAUCCUCGUGGGGCCUGAGAACCUCACCCUGACAGUGCACCAGACCGCGGUGCUUGAGUGUGUCGCCACGGGCAACCCGCGCCCCAUUGUGUCCUGGAGCCGCCUGGAUGGUCGCCCUAUCGGGGUGGAGGGCAUCCAGGUGCUGGGCACAGGAAACCUCAUCAUCUCAGACGUGACAGUCCAGCACUCUGGCGUCUACGUCUGUGCAGCCAACAGACCUGGCACCCGGGUGAGGAGAACGGCACAGGGCCGGCUGGUGGUGCAAGCCCCAGCUGAGUUUGUGCAGCAUCCCCAGUCCAUCUCCAGGCCAGCUGGGACCACAGCCAUGUUCACCUGCCAAGCCCAGGGUGAGCCACCGCCUCAUGUCACGUGGCUGAAAAAUGGACAGGUGCUGGGGCCAGGAGGCCACGUCAGGCUCAAGAAUAACAACAGCACACUGACCAUUUCUGGAAUCGGUCCUGAAGAUGAAGCCAUUUACCAGUGUGUGGCCGAGAACAGUGCGGGCUCAUCACAGGCCAGUGCCAGGCUGACCGUACUGUGGGCUGAGGGGCUCCCCGGGCCUCCCCGCAAUGUGCGGGCAGUCUCUGUGUCUUCCACUGAGGUGCGUGUGUCCUGGAGUGAGCCCCUGGCCAACACCAAGGAGAUCAUCGGCUACGUCCUGCACAUCAGGAAGGCUGCUGACCCACCAGAGCUGGAGUAUCAGGAGGCAGUCAGCAAGAGCACCUUUCAGCACCUGGUCAGCGACCUGGAGCCCUCCACGGCCUACAGUUUCUACAUCAAGGCCUACACACCAAGGGGGGCCAGCUCAGCCUCUGUGCCCACCCUAGCUAGCACCCUGGGUGAAGCCCCUGCCCCACCCCCACUGUCAGUGCGAGUCCUGGGCAGCUCCUCCUUGCAGCUGCUGUGGGAGCCUUGGCCCCGGCUGGCCCAGCACGACGGCGGCUUCAAGCUGUUUUACCGCCCAGCAAGCAAGACCUCCUUCACCGGCCCCAUCCUGCUGCCUGGAACCGUCUCCUCCUACAACCUCAGCCAGCUCGACCCCACUACAGUGUAUGAGGUGAAGCUGCUCGCCUACAACCAGCAUGGAGAUGGCAAUGCCACAGUCCGCUUUGUGUCUUUGAGGGGAGCAUCUGAGAGGACAGCCUUGAGCCCACCAUGUGACUGCCGGAAGGAGGAGGCCGCCAACCAGACGUCCACCACAGGCAUCGUCAUCGGCAUCCACAUCGGGGUCACUUGCAUCAUCUUCUGUGUCCUCUUCCUCCUGUUCGGCCAAAGGGGCAGGGUCCUCUGGUGUAAGGAUGUGGAAAACCAGCUGUCCCCUCCACAGGGUCCCCGGAGCCAGAGGGACCCCGGCAUUCUGGCCCUAAAUGGGGCGAGACGGGGAGAGUGGGGCCGGCUGGGCCGAGAGGAGAAACGUGUGGAUAUGAAGGAGCUGGAGCAGCUGUUCCCCCCGGCCGGCACAGCAGGGCAGCCGGACCCCAGACCCACACAGGAUCCUGCAGCCCCCGCCCCGUGUGAGGAGACCCAGCUCUCCGUGCUGCCACUUCAGGGGUGCGGCCUGAUGGAGGGGAAGACGACGGAGGCCACGGCUCCCUGCGCCGGCCUGGCGGCUGCCCCACCACCCCCAGAUGGAGGCCCUGGCCUCCUCAGUGAAGGCCAGGCUUCCAGGCCUGCAGCGGCCCGGGUUACCCAGCCAGCUCACUCGGAACAGUAGCCAGUGUCUGGCAGGCUCCAGAGGGUGGACGGAGCGGGGCCCAUUCUCAGGUCAAAAGCAAGAUUUCUACUGUCAUGUGGGAUUUGGAUGGUCCUGGGGGCUCCCCAGCAUUUCUAUCCUGACUGCCUCUUGGGUUGUCAAAACCCAAGGCAGCCUUGACAGGGACCCCCCCGCCGCCCUAACACCCAUCAGGAGUUGGAGCAGUUCCUGCAGGAGCCCGUUCCUUCCCUGGGCUGAUGCCCCCUCGCCUCUGCCUGGUACCCACAUGACUUGGAACUGAACUAACGUUUUUCUUUAAAAAGCAAAACUUAAAAUCAAAAAAAAAAAAAAAAAAAGGAGAGAGAUAGAGGAAGGUGAAUUAGACUCCAAAAGAUGACCCUGCUGUAGCUGGGCCCUGACACUGUCACCCUCCACCGACCUUGUUUUCUCAGGAUGGAUUUUUGCUGUUUUGGCUCUCAGCACCUACCUCAGCCGGAAUGAAUGUCCUGGGGGGCAGUGGGGCGGUGGCCUCAGCCCCCUUACCCCACAGAGCCCGAAUGCACUCCUACCUCAAGUACCUCAAGUCCCCUUGAUGGGGACCCCCCUCUCCCUUCCCACACUGUUGUCCAGAGUAAAAAAAAAAAAAAAAAAAAAAAAAAAAAAAAA